UUGUGGUGGGUAGGUACUAGAUACUGAGUUUGUGUUUUUCGGUAAAUUGCGUUUGGUAAUACAUUAUUUUAAGAAUUGAGUUUAAGUUUCUGGUCUUUCGUAAUGAAACCAACUGUAGCCGCUGAUGAAAUGUUUCCGGAAGGCGUUGGACCAUACAUGGAUUUAGAGGAAGCUGGUGGUCCUUCGAACUUACUUAUGGACUUGGCUGCCAAUGAAAAAGCUGUACAUGCAGAGUUCUUCAAUGAUUUUGAAGAUCUCUUCGAUGAUGACGACUUAAAGUAACAGCAAUUAGUGAAAUAGUUCGUUUUAGUUACUACAUAAUAUACUCUAUUAAAUAACCUAAAAGAGAUAUGCUUUUUCUUAAGCAGGCCGAUAAAAUUAAAACGCUACAUGUCUAGAUGCUCAUGUGUAGAGUAUGUUUUAGAUUUAUUCUAUGUCUAACAUAAGAACUUUAUAUUUGUUUGA